AUGGCAGAAACAGGUCCUGCAAGUAUAGGUUUACUUAGCCCAGGAAUACUGGAAUAUUUGCUACAGUGUCUGAAGUUACAGUCCCACCCCACUGUCAUGCUUUUUGCACUUAUCGCACUGGAAAAGUUUGCACAGACAAGUGAAAAUAAAUUGACUAUCUCCGAAUCCAGUAUUAGCGACAGGCUUGUCACAUUAGAGUCCUGGGCUUAUGAACCUGAUUAUCUGAAACGUCAAGUUGGCUUCUGUGCCCAGUGGAGUUUAGACAAUCUCUUUUUAAAAGAAGGUAGACAACUGACUUAUGAGAAAGUGGACUUGAGUAGCAUUAGGGCCAUGCUGAAUAGCAAUGAUGUCAGCGAGUACCUGAAGAUCUCACCUCAUGGCUUGGAGGCUCGCUGUGAUGCCUCCUCUUUUGAAAGUGUGCGCUGCACGUUUUGUGUAGAUGCUGGAGUAUGGUACUAUGAAGUAACUGUGGUCACCUCUGGUGUCAUGCAGAUUGGCUGGGCCACUAGAGACAGCAAGUUUCUCAAUCAUGAAGGGUAUGGCAUUGGGGAUGAUGAAUACUCCUGUGCGUAUGAUGGCUGCCGGCAGCUGAUUUGGUACAAUGCCAGAAGUAAGCCUCAUGCACACCCAUGCUGGAAAGAAGGAGACACAGUCGGGUUUCUGUUAGACUUGAAUGAAAAGCAAAUGAUCUUCUUUUUAAAUGGCAACCAGCUGCCUCCUGAGAAGCAAGUCUUUUCAUCUACUGUAUCUGGAUUUUUCGCUGCAGCUAGUUUCAUGUCAUAUCAACAAUGUGAGUUCAAUUUUGGAGCAAAACCAUUCAAGUACCCUCCAUCUAUGAAAUUCAGCACUUUUAAUGACUAUGCCUUCCUAACAGCUGAAGAAAAAAUAAUUUUGCCAAGGCACAGGCGUCUGGCUCUGUUGAAACAAGUCAGCAUCCGUGAGAACUGCUGCUCCCUUUGUUGUGAUGAAGUAGCAGACACACAGCUGAAGCCAUGUGGACACAGCGACCUGUGCAUGGAUUGUGCCUUGCAACUGGAGACCUGCCCAUUGUGUCGUAAAGAAAUAGUGUCUAGAGUCAGACAGAUUUCUCAUAUUUCAUGACACAUGUGAAGAGGCGUCAUGGACUCAUUUCUACUCAAUUCCAGCCAAUGUCAAAAAGAAAAAGAAAAAAAAUCCAUCUCGAAUCAGUUGUACGCACAUUGAAACUUAUAGCCAUGGCCAGAUUUUAUGCUAAAAAUGGUAGUUUCUCAAAGACAAAAUUCUCUUAGAAUCUAAUCCAACUUGCCAGCCCUGAAUUCCUUUUAAGGCCAAGGAAAGCUGAACGCCAGCAGCCAGGCCUGUGGUACUUCCAUGAAAAUCAAUAAGUGACAAUGCCCUCUGAGUGCGGAAACCACCAGAACUCUCCAUGUUGGGUUCAUUUGAUUGUUUAACAGGGGAUGCUUUGUGUCACAAUCUGAAGUUUUUAUUUGGGGGAGGAGUCCUUUUAGAGACGUGAGUGACAGUGUUUCUUGGGGUCAACAUCACCUGUCAGGUGUACAGGUCAUUUGGCACGGAUGUUGCAUGGCAGACCUGAGUCUGUAAAAGUAAAAUUCCACAGGUCAUCACCACAGCAACAUGGAGAACCUGAAGGAAGGUGUAGAAAAAAAACUGUAGAAAAAAAACCCAAAUUUUUUUAUACUUCAGUGAUUCCAAAGAACAUUCUAGUUUUUUUUAACUGCAGAAAAUUGGUGGUAUUUUCACAUUCAUGGUGUUUCUAUCCAAUCUCCGUACCCAUAUUUUAUGAGGAAAAAAAAUGUUUUACCAAUGCAGAAGGAAUUCUUAAAUCAACUGUAAUGUUAGACUGGAGAAAAUUUGGUAUUUAGGGUAUUUUUAAGGUACCAUUCAAAUCAGGUUUUUUUGUUGUUGUUUGGUUUUUUUGUUUAAAAAUUUUUUUAAUCAGUAUUGUUUUGGGAAGUAAUACACUUUGAAACUCUUGAACCAGUAGUCUCAAAAACUCUAAAGGACAGUCUGAGAACACUUAUUUCUGUUGUUUUAAAUAAAUACAUGUUUUUGAAUAGUAAUUCAAUCAUGGAUUGUUGACUGUCUUCAUCAAAAGUGUUUAUCCCUCUCAGGGUCUCUGGUGAAGACCUUCAAGAGUUCGAUUUUUUUUUUCUCCCAGAAAAUUGGAAGGUAGAACUGUAAAUUCAUAGAGCUUACUUUAUAAUGGUGUACCUCAGCAGCUGCCUUUCAAUUUACGCCAAGUCCUUACUGAGUUUAUACUUGAACAGUAAAUAUGUCUUCUGAGUUUUACAGCGUCUUAAACUCAAUGCACAUUUUUUCCUCCUUUCCCACCCUUUCUUGUUUAUAGUUCAUUAAAUCUGUCCAUUACAGAGAUUUCCUUCCUGGCUGUACUUGUUGGGGUGCUGGAUUUUUUUCCAUGUCUCUAGUCUUCCAUAAAUGCAAAAAAAUAUAUAUAUAUAAAUAUACAUCUAUAGAGAUAUAUGUUCUCUUUAGCUUGUGGUGAAUACAGUAAUUUGCAUUGAAGAAUAAAACAUCUGUUGCCUUUU